UUAACAACGAUGCAAUGAUUUCCUGGGCCCCUGUAUUCAUCUAGCAAAAGUUUUACUUUGUUAUUGUUGUUGAAUUAUGUUUGAAUAUUCUAGAGAACCUUCGACUUUUGUAUAGGACAUACAGCGUCUAUAAGAAACAAUGUUCUUCACUUGUGAGUGGAUCAGAGUGAAAUAACCAGAAAUGUUUUAAGCUUACCGUUGUACCUGUACAUUUUGAACUCUGUUCUCAUCGAAUGACCAAAAAAUCCCAAAGGCCCCUUAACAGAUCGAGGUGCAGAAUGUAGUCGGCGCUGCAAUCGGUGCUUAAUGGAUGGAUGUCAUACUCGAUUUCGGAUAUCAUAAUACAUUAAGCAUAAUAACAAUAGAGUAUCGUACGAGAGUUCCAGCUGGUAAUGUGCGAAAAAUAUUACCAAACAACCUCUUUGUGCUUCUGAGAACUUAACCUUAGGACAUUAAGCCAGUGUGAAUACGGUACGCUUGUUAGUUCAAUCUAAGGCUGUUCGUGGACCAAGAUGUAAACUGAUAAAAUUUUGAUAGAAUCUUUUAAUAUCUGGAUUUUGCCUACCUGAGUGAACAAGACGACCAUGGAGACACAGGCGGCUUUCAGUGAAGAUAACUUUACCACGCCUCUCUAUAAUGCAUCCACCAGUGGUCUAGAGUACACCUACCUCAAUAUCUAUCCCAAGUUCUGUCCCGAGGCAGUGGCGGUCGACAAAUACGUCACCCCAUACACAUACGUCAUCGGAUUUCCCGGGAAUAUCUUUUCUCUUAUCAUAUGGCUUCAGCGUCGCAUGCGGAACUCCUCUGGAUAUUACCUUGCUGCUUUGGCCCUUGUUGAUCUUUUGUUUUUGUCUCUGCAAGUUGUGUAUGAGCUCAAUGAAAAAUGGGAUGUAAAGUGUCUGGAUUUACCAUUUGUUUGUGAAUUUUACCCCAUUAUUUUCUUGACCUCCCAAUAUCUCUCUCCGAUCCUCGUGUUGUCUUUUACAGUGGAGAGAUACAUAAGUAUCUGUCACCCAUUCAAAAGGGAAGCGUGGUGUACUACAAAAAAUGCUAAAAUUGUAAUUAUUUCUACAACCAUUGGCUGUUUAUGCAUUAAUAGUAUCCAAGGCUUUUUCUGGUCUUAUGACUCUGACAACAAAACUUGCCUUCUCCGAAAUUCAGUGAUCGAAAACGGAACAUCUUCUUUCUGGACCAUAUGGACCUGGUGUGUGGAAGCGUUUGUGUUUCUGUUAGUGCCGCUGGCGAUCCUGUAUUUCAAUAUUCAUGUCAUUGUGGAAGCGAAAAGACUUUCAAAUUUUGAACAAAGCACGUUACAUACACGUACUCAUCGAAAUUCUGCAACGACAGUUAUGUUACUGGCGGUCUCUUUUUACCAAAUUUUUACGACACUUCCGGUGACCAUUGUCGUAACUUUGUACUAUUCGUUUCCUCCUGAUGAAUUAAGCGUAUUGCCAACUAUAACUGACAAAUGGAAGUCGCAUUUUCAGUACUAUUGGGCCAAAACUAUUAUCGAAGAAAUAGGUUUGACUCAUUAUGCAGGAAACUUUUACAUUUACAUGCUGACAGGCAAAAUUUUUCGACAGGAGUUCAAAAAACUUAUGCGGCCAUUAAUCGGUGGGUUGAAAGUAAAACUCACAAAUAAUUCAACAACUGAAUAUACAACUGUUCGAACUGGAAGUGUUAAGCAUAAAAAGGAAGUUACGGUGCGCAUGUGCAACGGAAUUGCGAAUGGUCACCCCACAGACUCGGCCGAAAGUGAACCAGUUUUAAACUCCUCGGAAACGCAACUUUGACGAAAUUGUGAUAUUAAUAGUGUGUAGGUGUAUUCGAGUGUGAAGGAAAACUGGACCAAACAUAUUUUGUUUGAAGUUUGUCCGAUUGUUGUAUUUAUUAAAAUGUAUACAUAAUAUUUAUUCGAAAUGUUCAGUUAAUUUGCAUAACCAGUAAUCUGGUUGAUAUUUUGACAAUUUUGAUCAGAUGCAUCUGUGUCCAAAGCAAUGUUGAAUGCAUUCGUUUUCUUAAUAAAGUUAAAAAUAAUUCUG